CUAGGGCCCGAUGAUGCAGGAGAGGUGGGGCCUGGCAGAGCCUUGAUUGGCCCGGCUGUGCUGGGGCGCGGACCGUGGUACCGGCUGAGAGCUGGACCCCGCGCAGCUCUGGGUUAACUCUGCUGGGCGGCGUGGAAGAUGCGGAAGGUGGUUUUGGUCACCGGGGCGAGCAGUGGCAUUGGGCUAGCCCUUUGCAAUCGGCUGCUGGCAGAAGACGAUGGGCUUCACCUGUGUCUGGCGUGUAGGAACUUGAGCAAAGCAGCAGCUGCGAGAGAGGCCCUGCUGGCCUCUCACCCUGCGGCCGAAGUCAGCCUUGUGCAGAUGGACGUCUGCAGCCUGCUGUCUGUGGUCCGGGGUGCAAGGGAAGUCAAGCAAAGGUUUCAAAGAUUAGACUAUUUAUAUCUGAAUGCUGGUAUCAUGCCUAAUCCCCAGCUAAAUAUCAAAGCAUUUUUCCUUGGCAUCUUUUCAAGAAAUAUGAUUCAUAUGUUCUCCACAGCGGAAGGCCUGUUGACCCAGGACGACAAGGUCACUGCUGAUGGCUUGCAGGAGGUGUUUGAAACCAAUCUCUUUGGCCACUUUAUCCUGAUCCGGGAACUGGAACCACUCCUCUGCCACACGGACAGACCCUCUCAGCUCAUCUGGACAUCCUCUCGCAAUGCAAAGAGGUCCAACUUCAGCCUCGACGACAUCCAGCACAGCAAAGGCCAGGAGCCCUACAGCUCUUCCAAAUACGCUACUGACCUUCUCAAUGUAGCUCUGAACAGGAAUUUCAACCAGAAGGGUCUGUAUUCGAGUGUGCUGUGCCCAGGUGUAGUAAUGACCAAUCUGACAUAUGGGAUUCUGCCUCCCUUUCUGUGGACGUUGCUCUUGCCGGUGCUAUGGCUUCUUCGCUUUCUGGCAAAUGCGUUCACUUUGACGCCGUACAAUGGAGCAGAGGCAAUGGUGUGGCUUUUCCACCAAAAACCUGAGUCUCUUGAUCCUCUGACCAAAUACCUGAGCGCCACCACAGGCUUCGGGACUAAUUAUGUCACGGGCGUGAAGGUCCUCAGCUUUGUCUCCUGCUCGCUGCUCUCUGAGUUUUCCUCCUCAGCCUGGAGCAACACGACCUCACCAAGGACAGGAAGUCAUAUCCAGGUAUGGCAGUGCCUGAAAGAAGAAAACAGCUACUCUCUCGGCUUCAUUUUCUUCAGAAUGGGGGUACAUUUUCUCAGAAGUGUUCAGUGGACAUCUCCUGUCCAGCUGGAAAGGACUAAGCCACACACCCCUUUUGGAGGGAAUUCUGUAAUUGGUUAAUCAGUUGUGGUAGAAAAGAUGUUAGGGAAUGAUUUAAACAGUGACUUGCUGACUUAGCACAUGAGUUGAAUUUGUUCUGGGACCUGUCUACAUCACUAGAUAUUAGGGUCCUAAGACCAGGAACUGCUUUUUUCUUUUGGGUUUUGUGUGGAAGGAAGCAAGGGGGUGUUAGUGUUGGACACAAACCUUGGAGCUGAUUAGAAAUACCCUGGAUUCCCAGUUCUACUUGAUGACUAUUCAGAUCUACCGGGAAUCCUGGAGUUCAAAUCUCUCCUUUCAGAUUUCUUAGCUGUCAAAGGAAGUGAAGAUGACACCCCUGACACCAUGAGUAGCAGCUGGAGCAGCGAACUGUCUGUUUAUUUUCUCAUCUCAACCAUUUCUGUCUCUUUUACUCUGAUUUUUUAAAUGGGCUUAUUGCUGCAUUUGUAUGAGUGUGUGUGUAUGUGUGUGUGUGUGCAUUCAUGGGGAUAGCCAUAAAGAUGACAAAGGGAAAUAUCCCCUAAGAAAAAAAUGUCCUUCCUGUCAUUAUUUUCUGGGAUGUGUGGGGCCUUUGUUGACUAUUUGAUCUUCAUGAUAUAAAAAGCUUGUCCUAGUCCAGCUUUUAUUCGCAUAUAGUUUUUCUUCAGUGUGCUUAGUCUGUCACUAUAGUUCUCGAAGAAAAGAUGAUGUAUGGACAAAGUUUCCACGGCCAUAUCCUUUGGGGUAAUUCAGGUUCAUUUAAUUUCCCUUGUGGAUGCUCACCCUGUUAUUAGCAUAUUAAAGACUUAAGAGAAGUCUUCGCUGGAGAUUGACUCCAAUUAUCUAGCCCAGGUUUCUCCAGACUUAAUUCAUCUCUAGGUCUUUCCCUAAUGGUACUUAGCAAGAUUUCUUGGAAAACCGUUUGAGAAAUUAUAUUAACAUAAUAGCUAACUUCUUGGCUCUCAAGGCAGUUCUUCCGGAACCGGCCAUCUCUACCACUAGAGGGCAGCAUUGGACCAUCUAUUGGGAACAAAUUUUCAUUCUUAACCAAAAUUCACUGAUUAAAAAGUCACCCAAAUUAAGCACUUUAAUAUUCUACUUCUUUUUAAGAAGCCAUUUCACCACUUUGAACUGGGGUUGAACUGAGCUUGAACUGGCUAAUCUCUAUAUCCCCUACCAACUUUAGGACCCCAGCAAGAUAAGAUAUUAUCUGUGUGAUAUUGAGAAUUAAACGGCAGAGCAAAGAUGAGCUGUGACCUUGUGCGUCUAGGGAUCUCAUCGCUGAUGGAGGGCACAUUUUCCUGUGUGUGAGCUAUUUCCAGCCUCAGGAGAGUUGGUUUCCAGGUAAAAGGAAAGUCAGUAUCCGUCUCGUAUAAUGAAAGAGUGUCGCCUACUGAGAAUCAGUCCUUGUGAGAAAGAGAUACCUCACUGCUGACAGAAUUGAAGGACAGUCUUGACUUUGUGGUUGGGGCUCCUGCUGUAUUUUUAACACAGCGAGGUUUUUGUUGUCAGGACACCGUUAGGGAGUGCUUCUGCAGACGCAGGCUGCUGGGGGAGAGCCAGCUCAGACCCGCAGGCCGUGCACUCACUAGAGGCUCAGUUGGCUAGGCAUAGAGUGAGCAGGGAGGUGACCUCUGCCCUCAGAGAGCCCUGGAGAAGCUGCCAGGCUGGGCCCAGUUCUCCUCCUUUAUGUUUAUUUCAAGCGCCUUGCUUCCUCGUCCAAAUGCAGUCUCACUCAUUUUCCCUUACUGUUUAGGACCUGGCUUAUACCGAAUUUGUUAUUUUUCAGAGGAACCUGGAUAAAAGCCAUGGCUAAAUCUGUACCAAAAUUUCCGGAACUUACAAAACAUCUAGUUGCCAAAUGGAACGGGACACACCUUCUGCCUCAGCACUCGAGGCUGGACAGUAGGACUGUGAGUCUGAGACUAGCUUGGGCUGUACAGCAAGAACAACCAAACCCAGACUGUGACAGCAUCACCACAGGUCCCAAGGCAGUCUCCCACUAGUCUGCUGAGGGCUACCGCUUUGCCGCUGUGAACUUCUGUACUGAACCAUUGUAAAACCAUGGGGUGCUUCUCUUCACUUUUAUUCCUAAAGAAAGUGGUAUGGGGUGGUGUGUGUGUGUGUGUGUGUGUGUGUGUGUGUGUACACAUGUACACGACAUGUUCAUAUUCCCUAAGGAAGUUGACCAUAAGGAAACCAUGCCCAUAGGAGCUCUUAUAUAAAGCUUGCAAAACUAAAUUUCUUUUUAGUUCUUGUGUUACAUGUGUGGGUGUUUUGCCUGCUUGUUUGUCUGUGCCCCGAGUGUGUGUGUGUGUGUGUGUGUGUGUGUGUGUGUGUGUAGUGCCCACAGAGGCCAGAGGAGAGAGCUGGAUCCCCUGGAACUGGAAUUACAGAUAGUGGUUAGCUGCCAUGUGGGUGCUAGUAAUAGAUACCAGGUCCUCUCGUAGCCAGUAUGCUUAAAUUGCUGGCUUACCUCUGUAGCUCCUACACACACACACACACACACACACACACACACACACUUAACCCCUUCCUGCCUCUGUAAGUCCAAGCUUUCUUCCUUUCUUUGAUGGAUCUGGUCAAAACCCAUGAUGGGUGUUGUUUGCCUACCUUCAUGGCCUCCACAACUUCAGGAGGCCACUGUGCAGGCUGGUCACAGGCUUUUGGAGCCUGCUGGGGUAGAUGAAUGUGAUGAGGUUAUGCAGAAGGCUGGGCCCCUGUCUGCACCCUGCUUUUGAGACUUCCUACCUCUGAGAUUCUGAACACAUACUAAGGCCUUUCUGAGCAAUCAGGUAGCAGUGUAAAGGCGAAAGCUCUGUUCAUCAGGGAGAAGAGACAGAGAACUCAUCUCUCCCCAGUCCUUGGGUUCUUAACCACCUUGGGUUCUCACCCGCCUCAUGUAGAACUAAAUUUGAAAACAACAGAGCUAUCGACAGACUUGCUGGCCGUUCUGAUCACCAGCUCUCUAUUUUCUGGUGCUCAAGAGGAAGUUGAGAAGGAAAUAGUUGAAGGUUAGCAGGAACGCGUUUGCUUGCUCUCUGUCCCCCCACCCACUCCUCCAGCUGUGAGGUAUGUCAUUGGACAACUUAGUCAAGAUCCUGUGUCUCCUCCCACUUCAGCAUCGUCAGAAAGUCCUCAGCAAAAACACACAAAAGGCUUCCCGUUGGCAAUUGUACUAUGAACUGUCUUCACACUUAGCUACAUAUAUUGUCCCUUUAUCAGUCUGAUUAGAUUUUCCUGUUUCUCAAUUCCACAGAACAGUUUUUUUUAAUAGAAUUAAUUGUUCAAACCACUCAGAAUAACACGAUAAAUUCUAUUAAAGUUAAUUUAUACUCUAAUUGAUUGAUGGCAUUGUUAGGGAAUGGAGCAGCAACCUGUUCACAGUGCUGGUGGUGGGAAAGUGGGCUCACUCAGGGUGUGCUUCAUGUCACGCCCAAUCAGGUGAAACAGUUUCUUCCUAGAAGCCUCAGGUGAUCCAUAUUCCCAGCCACAAGUGAGAUGUGUAAUAAAUACAUGGUUUUUGUUUGUUUGUUUGUUUGUUUGUUUUAAUUUGACCGAAGAGCUUUCUUGGGACAGUGUCUCACGUAGACCAGGCUGCCGAUAAAUCUUGUAAUCUUGAUAGCAACUGUGGCUCAGCAUGCCCCUCUCUAUCUCAGGAACUGAACAGUCUCAGCUUGGCGAGGUGGAAACAGAAUGGUUACCAUUUUUAUCCCACAGUAGCUGUGAACAGUUUCCC